GGUAAUUUCCCCUUGCAGGUUGUGUCACUAAGGCCUCUUCCAUAACAGUGUUGAAUUUCAAUCUUUCUUUUAGCACGCGGUCUAUCCACCUGCAUGUUGUUUUAUCGAGGCCAUUUCUUCUCGUUGCGCUGGAGAUUGAGUCCAGGGUCCAAGGUACUUCAUUUGGAUUUUUCUUCAUUCAAAUCCUCGAUAGACAAUUUACACGAAACUAAGCAAGCUACUCAAAAAUACAACAGAUGAUUCGAAAAGCUUCGAUCGGCACGCUGAAUGGCAGAGCAAAGAGGUCAAGAUCAGGUACGUACGAUGCUUCACAGGUUGUUCGAGUGCUUGAUGCUCUCAUAAGCUGA